AUGCACAUUGACGAAAUACGGAGUCCAAACAAAGAUGUGCGGAUGGGAAAGAGCCAGCGAUUAGCAGCCAAUGGCAGGCAAGCGAACGCUGCUGAUGCCGAUCCCGAUUCCGAUCCCUCGGUUCCUCGGAUGCUCGGAUGAUCGGCUGCCAUGGAUGCCCGGUGUCGGAUCCCCUGAAACGACGACGACGACGAGGACGGAAACCACUUGACGCUGCCAGACAGUCUGACGGCGACAAGUAGCUGCGGUUGGCAGUGCUUAAAUGUUCGCGCCCCGGUCCGCAUCCUUUUAGUCGAUCAGCAAGUGAGGAUGAGCAAGGACGCGAGUGUUAGGAUUUGCCAGCAGCGGGAACGACGUCUCCUGCGUACGCCCAAGUGUGCCAGGUGUCGCAAUCACGGCGUCAUCUCCUGUGUCAAAGGUCACAAGCGUUUGUGCCGCUGGCGCGAAUGCUGUUGCCCCAAUUGCCAACUGGUCGUCGAUCGCCAGCGUGUUAUGGCCGCCCAGGUGGCCCUGCGGCGCCAGCAAACGAUGGAGGCCCUGGAGGCCACCACCACCACAUCGGCCACAAAAUCAACGCUCAUACCGCCGGCCAGCGCCAACAGCUCCAGCAGCGAGGGCGAGGAUUCGCUGGCCUCCACAUCACCACCGCCGGCACAGCCACAUUCACAUACCCAUCCCCAACCACAUCCGCAUCCACCAUCUUGCGCUGGCACCUCAUCCUCAUCCGCCACCCGCCAGGCUCUGCUGGCCCAGAAGAGGAUCUACAAGCAGCGACUACGCAGCCUGCAGCAGUCCACGCUCCACAUCACCGCUGCCAUGGAAGAGUACAAACAGCGAUUUCCCACGUUCAGCUCGCCAUUGAUGGAGCGCAUGCGCAAACGGCGGGCGUUCGCCGAUCCGGAACUGAACCACGUCAUGGAGGCGACGCUGGGCGGGAACGCUUUGUACUUUGCCACCGUUGCCGCCGCCGCCGCAUGCGCCCCCGUUCUUCACCAGGAGCAGCACAUUUAUCCAUCGUUGCCGCCGACGAUACCGCUAACGAUACCGCCCACAAAUCCAGCGAUGACCACGCCCGCGGUCACCGCCUCCUCCUCCUCCUCCUCCUCCUCCUCCUCCGCCACUGCAAAGAAGCCCAAGCUGAGCUUCUCCAUUGAGUCCAUCAUGGGCAUCAGCACGUAG